AUGUGCAUGAAGUCCACAUGUAAAGCAAGUUUGAAAAGAACGGCGACGGAGCGCGGGGCGAGGGACGAUCGAGAAUGGAGAGCCGCGUGCGUCGACCCUCCCGAGCGCGCUUUGAUCUCGCCGCUCACGUCGGCGACCGUGCCACAAAGCUCAAAGCUCCGAAGAUCCCGCUCUCCGGCCGUCGCACACACCUGCCGCUAG